AUGGCAUCGGCGCAGGAAGAGGAGUUGAGCAUUUUGCAGGAGGAGCUCACUUGCCCAGUGUGCUUGGACAUGUACCGUGACCCCCACCUGCUCCCCUGUGGCCACAACUUUUGUUUGACCUGCCUCUGUCGCCUCAAGCAGCAGGCAGAGCGGGGCCGGUUCCGGUGCCCUGAGUGCUGCGACAGCCACCGUAUCAGCACUACUUUCCAGAAGAACUUCAAGCUUUCUAAUAUCACCAGGGACUUCCGGCGAUGGGGCAGGGCCUUCACCGCUACUGCUUUGGCAUCAACAGAGCCGCAGUUACUCCCUUUGGCGGCACAGCCACGCAAGACCGUAUGCUCUGUCCCAUGUGACUACUGCCCUCUGGCAGGGGCUGAGGCAACGGGCGGGGGACUCGAUGGAAAAGAGGCCCACGGUGCCUCAGGGGAACAGGACACGAUGGUGUCCACGCUGGCUAUUAAGACAUGUCUGAAGUGUGAGGUUUCGAUGUGCCAGGAUCAUGUGAGGCCCCACCUGGAGCUCCCGGCAUUCCGCGAGCACCCACUGACAGAACCGCUGAACGACUUGAGGAAGAGGAAGUGCCCAGAUCAUGAUGAGAUAUACAGAUACUACUGUAUGGAUGAAAAGGUAUGCAUAUGCAAUGCCUGCACAAUUGAGGGAGAUCACUCAGGACACACAAUCAAGACCCUGAAAAACACUAUGAAAGAGUUCAAGGGUGUGCUGGAUAAGCAGAUCUACUGGCUGGAGAGACUGUACAGCAUAGUGGAGAAAAUGCUCCAUGAACAGAAAGAGAAGGAGAGACAGAACAGGAAGUUCCUUGAGGAUUCUGAGCAGUACAUAACUGGACUGGGAAAAGAGAUGAAGGUCAAAGUGGAUGUCUUUGUCUCUACGUUGCUGGACUGGACACAGAUCCACUGCACAUCCAACGGGCUGGCCAUCCAGAAGAACAUGUCCCGGCUCGGCCUGGACCAGGCCCAUCUCCAGGAGGUCCGUGUUGAUAUCGAGGGCCUCAUGGUGGAGAACGACCCUUUCCGCUUCAUAGAAGCAUAUAAGACAGCAGUAAAGCACUGCUGUAGACAGCUAAAGAAGACUAUGUUUUACCCAGAACACGUUGACAUGGAUAAAGAUGUUCUUGGAGCCACAAUGAAAGAGGAAAUGAGGAAAUUUAUCAAUGUGGAACUUCACUCUCCUAUUGUCCACACCAUCAAUUCCCUGUGUUACAAUGAGAAAGAGCAGGAGGAGAACGAAGAGGAAGAGGAGGACGACGAUGAUGAUGAUGACAGCAGCGAAGAGGAGGAAGAAGUGAGGAGUGAGGGAGAGGAAGAAUAUGGGGAACCUGACCAGAGCAAGUCAGCGGACAACAUCUACACCCCAGAGGGCGAGGAGGAAGAUGAGGAUGAU